AUGCCCAAACUUCACCUAUCACAUAAAGAAAGUAAAAACAAGUUUCUACUAAAUAUUGCCAAAGACUUAGUAAUCAUUGCUCCCAAAUAUAAAUCCUCCAAAUCAUCCAGCCUCCAACGAGAUGCCUAUAGCUUACAUUUCAGUAGCACUUACUAUGUGCCAGCUCUUGAAAUAGCCAUCUUCAAGUUCACUUGUAUCUACUCUGCCCACAUCCUUCACAAUGAUAAGGUUAUGGUCAUGGAGGAUAAAAUUAACACCCCCAUUAAAGCAGCAGGUAUAAAUGUUGAGCCCUUUUGGCCUGGAUUAUUUGCAAAGUCCUUGAACAAUGUAAACAUUGGAAGUGAUGGACCUGCCCCAGCAGUUGGGUUGGCUGCCCCUGAUGGAAAUGCUGCUCUUGCCGAGGAGAAGAAGAAAGAAGAAGCCAAAAAAGAAGACUCUGAUGAUGACACCGGCUUUGGUCUGCUUGACUAA